UUUGAUUACGCUUGUCCGCCAUUUUGAGCCGUGCGAGGGUGUCAUUUCUCUCCAAUCUGAGGCGAAUUCCAACUUACAUCGACUCUAAACCUACUUUUGGCAGUUCUGAAAGACAGAAAAUUAUGGACCGGAGAAACAGUGAGAUUCCUGUGGACGAGCUGCCAACUGUGCACCCUGGGAACGAGACAAGCAGCAGCGAGGACCCGGCAACAGACACGGGAGGACAACAGGACAAGGAAGAGGACAUUCUAUCGGAGGAAACGUACGGGGUAAACUCUGUCCAUCCUCCCGUACAGAGUCAAACAGAGCAGACGGACGGGCCUGUGGUGAAAGGUACUGUGGACAAACCCUACAAAUGUGACCAGUGUGACUAUGCUACUGCAUAUAAAUGCCAUUUAGAGCGGCACAUGGCUAAACACACUGGGGACAAACCCUACCUGUGUGGGGAGUGUGGAUACAGGACAGCUCACAGGUCUCACCUAACCGUGCAUAUGAGAAAACAUACAGGAGAGAAACCUUACAAAUGUGACCAGUGUGACUAUUCUGCUGCAAAGAAAACCAAUUUAGACCGACAUAUGACUAAACAUACUGGAGACAAACCCUACAUGUGUGGGGAGUGUGGUUACAGGACGUGUCACAGUUCUGAUAUAUCCAAGCAUAUGAGAAAACACACUGGUGAAAAACCGUACAAAUGCGACCAGUGUGACUAUUCUGCUGCACAAAAAGUCAGUUUAGACAUACACAUGGCUAAACACACUGGAGACAAACUCUACAUGUGUGGGGAGUGUGGAUAUAGGACGGCUGUCAGCUUUAACAUAUCCAGGCACAUGAAAAAACAUACUGGUGAAAAACCCUACAAAUGUGACCAGUGUGACUAUUCUGCUGCAUUGAAAGAUCACUUAGACCAACACAAGGCUAAACACACAGGAGACAAACCCUACAUGUGUGGGGAGUGCGGAUUUAGGACAGCAUCCAGGUCUAACCUAAAAGUACAUAUGAGAAAACAUACAGGUGAGAAACCCUACAAAUGUCACCAGUGUGACUAUUCUGCUGCAAAGAAAUGUCAUUUGGACAAACACUUGUUCAAGCACACCGGAGAGGCUCCCCACAUGUGCGGGGAGUGCGGAUACAUGGCUGCUGAUAGGAACCAUCUAACUGUACAUAUGAGAAGACAUACAGGAGAGAAACCUUACAAAUGUGACCAGUGUGACUAUUUCUCUGCACAUAAAAGUGAUUUGGACCGACACAUGGCUAAACACACCGGAGAGAAACCCUACAUGUGUAAGGAGUGCGGACACAGGACAGCUGACAGAUCCAACCUCUCCAAGCAUAUGAAAAAACAUACUGGGGAAAGGCCCAACAUGUGUGGGGAGUGUGGGUACAGGACAACUACCAAGGCUAACCUUCGCAGGCAUAUGAGAAAACAUACUGGCGAAAGACCUUACCAAUGUGACCAGUGCGACUAUUCUGCUUCAGAGAGAAGUGAUUUAGAGAAACACAUGACUAAACACACUGGAGACAAACCCUACUUGUGUGAGAAGUGUGGAUAUAGGACAGCUGAUAGAGGUAACCUCUCCAAGCAUAUGAAAAAACAUAUUGGGGAAAAUUCCCUACAUGUGUGGGGAGUGCGGAUACAGGACGGCUAACAAGAAUCACCUAACUGUACAUAUGAGAAGACAUACAGGUCAGAAACCGUACAAAUGUGAC